UGAUGAUAUCCGUGUCCUUUUCCUUUCCUAUUGAUUAAGGAAACGUAACUUCUCAUGUUUAAUGUGGACUGGAGUAGUUUAAAUCAAAAUGGAUGUAUUGAUAUUCAGAGGAUUCUUUAUUUUUUUCAUUUACACAUUCUCUUCGGCUCAGACGACAAAAUUCAUCACAUCGGAGAACUACCCUAAUGAUUACCCGCCAUCCUUUAGCCGUGACUAUUGGUUUGAUGUCGAGGGAGCGGAGCAUAUUCUGAUUACUUUCACAAAUUUUUCACUCGAAUACAGCUUUCAGUGCAGCGCUGAUUCGUUAGAAAUUUUUUACGUGCAGGAGAAAACGUACAAAGUUUUAGCCGAGUAUUGUGGAACAUGGGACAUAUUUUCUGUCGUUAUUUCAUCCUCAAAGGGGGCAUUCAGAAUGACAUCGGAUUCAACGGUAGAAAGCUUAGGGUUCCGUGUUGAGUAUUCAGGGAUUCAGGAGGAUUAUGACAGUGUCGUAAAUAAUACGGCGGGCACGGUGUCAUUACCACGGUACUAUGGUAAAUACCCAAACAACGCCAACCAUGUUACUACCAUACUGAACCGGAACAGAUCAAGAAUCGCUAUCAAAUUCCUGGUCUUUGACAUUCACGCUACCGAUCUCUUAGAGGUGCAGAAUGGGAUCGCUCCGACUUCUCCUGUUUUGUUUAAGCUCUCGGGCACGACGCUUCCUGGCACAAUAUAUGGUUAUGGUGAAGGACUUCGCCUACAUUUCAGAUCUGAUCUCUACUUUACUCGCGCUGGAUACAUAUUAAACUACACUGUUGAAGAAUUGAGAGAAUGUCAGGACACCGAUAACGGAACUGAGUACCAAGGAACAAUGAGGACCUCGGCUUCAGGCACGGCUUGUAUGUACUGGAAAAAUUUGGAAAAAUCUUCAGAAUUUCACCAAUUACCAGAAAACUUCUGUAGGAACCCUGACGGGCGUGCAUCACCUUGGUGUUACACAACUCCAGGGGUGGUAGAGAACUGUUCUAUUGAUAGAUGUCCCUCUACCGAUUUGUCUACGGUGAAUACAACUAUGUCAAACGGACUGACCCCAGACACCGUGAACGUGGUCAAAUCGGGAGAAUCCGGACAAAAAGAAAACGACGUAACACCACAGACAACCAGUAAAACACCGGUGAGAAACACAGCCCCUGCCGGUAAACCCGACGGUGCAGAUGACGAGACUUCUAACGCUGGAGAAACAGCAAAUUCUCCAAAGAGAAAUGUACUUGUGCCUGUAACUGUAGGAGGGGUCUCGUUUUUCGUGGCAGCCAUGGCGCUGCUUCUUAUUAUCGCCAAAAGGAGGCAGAUGAGGAACAGACAAAGCAUGCGAAAUUCCCUUGAAAUUCAUCCUAUAGAAUUGCCCCCAAUUGAUGAAAUAGAUUCCGAGGAAGUGAAAUACGGUCGAUCCAAGUAUCAUCCGAAUAACAUCCACAUUCCAUCCGAAGAAAUCACAUACACUGCCAUAGACAACAUCGAGGUCAAAACAGAACGCUCAGAUAGUUCUACGUCAGACAGUCUGGUCGCCAUGGAUACGACCUUGAAAAGGUUCCGUGAUGGCAAACGGUUAGCCAUGCAUUUUGAUGAGGAUGGGUAUGGUAUCGUCGAUGGUGAGGCAAAGGAUGACUUUACAAUCGACGACAGGAGAUUUGCUUUAAAUAGAACAAGAGAGGGACACUACGACCACUUGAGGUCUUUUAAAGUAAAAUGGCGCAGAGCAGACGAAGAAACAGAAGCUUUAUACGACCACUGUCAGGUAGAUGUUAUUCGGGAAAGUAAACAAAGCAAUAUUUUUGAUGACACGUACGAUCAUACCACUACUGUAAUGCUUGAUAACGAUCUUAAAAGCGAUGACCAAUCUGCCUCGGAGACCAAUGUAUGUCACGACUGUGUGUCUGAGCAAGUCACGAGUAUCUGAGAUGGUGGAAGAAGUAUGUGACUAUGACUUACUGUGAUGUGUACAUGUGUUAAAACAAUACAGUAGUACUUGACUCAAGUAAAGGAUAUCGAAGUACUGUAUUGCAUUGCUUCAGGCAUACAGGAAAUUUACAACGUAAUUAUCACUGUAGCUGUCAGUUUUAGUCCAGAUAAAAUAGUGAUGCGGCGUGUUUAUUGCUCUAAGUUUUAUAUCUACAGUAUAUCCAGUAUUCAUGUCGAAAUACACGUAUAUGGACUCACA